AUGCCAAAAGCUAAGCCAAAAAAGAAUGAAUCUACCUCGGACAGUGAUUCUGGACCAGACGAUCGUGCUCCACCACCAAAAAAAUCCAAGGACUCUGCCGCGGAUGACAAAAAAAGUGGCGCCAACAGCAAUCAAUGGGUCCUCGAGCGUCAGCGUCAGGUACGCAUUAAUGAAUUCCGUGGCAAGAAAUUGAUUGAUAUUCGUGAAUACUAUGAGAAGAACGGAGAAAUGUUGCCGGGAAAGAAGGGUAUCUCGUUGUCCGUCACACAAUGGAAGAAAUUACUAGAAUGUGCCGAUGAAAUAAAUCGAGCUAUAGAAGAAUAG